AUGCGCGUGCUUGCGGUGGCGCUGGUACGGACUACGGAUACAGACGUCAGCGGGCGUCGGCGUUGGCGCGGCAAAUGUAAACGUUUUGUUUACAAGCGGCGAGUCGCUGCACCCACCCGUUACGACACCCGCGCCAAGGACACCGCCAACCGAUACACUACAGACAAAAACCCGACGCUUUUCACUGCAACAACCAACAGUAAUGUUGCGAAGUCGGAUACGCCGUUUAACCUGAUUCGGUGUAAGCUGAUAAUGGGUGAGUGGUGGGUGGGGCGGAUCUCGGCAGCCAUCUGCGCGGCUUCGGCGGCGGCGGGCAGCGAUCGAGGCACGCAGCUGCUAGCCGACCCUCUCUCUCGGCCGUUUUGUUUCAGGGCCACGAAACCUAAUGUAAGGAUGUGUCGCUACCCCGUACCCGCACUACGAGAACAAGAGCUACACAGGGCGCCGGGCGACGUGCCUGGGUCAACGACUGCGCCGGCCGCCUGCGGCCCGCCGUCAAAUAAUUCAUCUAGCUCACCAUUCGACACGGGGCGGCUUUACAGAAUGUUGCACUGUGCCGAUCGCUGUAUCGGUGUGAAUAGUGAAGCUCUGUGUAGUGUUUGCCGCGAUGUAAACAAACCGAGUGCGUCGGCGAGCAGCGCGUAUCGAUCAGCGUGCAGCGGGCGGGCGGCGCGCGGCGGUGGCGGCGGCGGCGGCGGCGGCGGCGGGGACGCGGCCCUACUACUUAUCGCCGUCUUCACACCUAAUUUAUCGCGCGUCCAAUCGCGCUGUUCUGUUUGUAUAUGUUCUGUUACAGUUACAAUGAUUUUGCGGUUUUGUGAAGGAGCCGCCCGCCCUAAACAGAUUAAACGGCGUCGUCCACCCGCACCCGCCCGCCCGCCGCCGCCGCCGCACCGCGCCACGCCGCCGGCGCGCCGCUAA